AAAAGCUUUUCCAUCACCGGAGCGGAGUCAACAGGCGGAUCAGAAGCCAUCCGAGCCGAGGUCAGCGGAGAGUCCACCGGUCAUGGCCCAGGCGAACAUCUCGGUGACGGAGAGCCAGUUCAGGUGUCCCGUGUGCCUGGACAUCCUGAAGGACCCGGUGUCCACCCCCUGCGGACACACCUACUGCAUGUCGUGCAUCAACAACUACUGGGACCAGGCGGAUACGGGCCAGUUCAGCUGCCCCCAGUGCCGGGAGACGUUCAGCCCACGGCCGGUGCUCCGGAGGAACACGGUGCUCGCCGAGGUCGUCAACAAAAUCAAGCUGAGCGACAUGGUCACGCCGCCGGAGCUUUACCUGGGGGGAGUCGGCGAUGUGCCGUGCGACUUCUGCCCGGCGGAGAGCAAGCUGAGGGCGGUCAAGUCGUGCCUGGUUUGCCUGGCGUCUUUCUGUGAGCUCCACGUCCUGCCGCACCGGGAGGUGGGCACGCUGCGGCGGCACAAGCUGGUGGCCGCGGUGGAGUGUCUGGCGGAGCGGCUGUGCGCUCAGCACCGGCUGGGGCUGGAGCCCGCGGGGAGCGGCUCCGAGGGGGAGGCCGCGGUGGAGUGGAGCGGGGACUGCCUGCUGUGCGAGGCGGACCAGGAGGAGGUGCACAGUGUGGACGCCCAGAGAGCCAGGAGACAGCUUCAGCUCCAGGAGUCUCAGAGGAUCAUGCAGGGGAGGACACGCAGCGGAGAGAGAGAGCUGGAGGAGUUCAAACAAAGCUUGGAGUCCCUCAAGGUGUCAGCGUCGACUGUUUUGGAAGACAGUGAAGCUCUGUUUGCAGACAUGGCACUCCGCCUGGAGAAAACCAAGGCAGAGGUUCGAGCGAGGCUGGAGGCCAAGGAGCGAGCGGUGGUCGGUAGGGCCGAACGAGAGAUGGAGGUGCUGGAGAAAGACCUGGAGGAGCUGAGGAGGAGGGAGGAGGAGAUCGGCCAACUUCUGCAAAGCGAGGACAACGCCCAUUUCUUACAGGCGGCUCCCCUGCUAUGCGUCCCUCUCACCACCGGUCGGCACUCUAGAGCCCUCAGCGUACCCACGGAGGGAUUUAGUGGUGCCAGGAGAGCGCUGUGCCACCUCCGCAGCCGCAUGGAGGAGGUCUGCAGGGAGGAGGUCGACAAGAUCAGCCGUGCAGUUAAUGAGAACUACGUGUCUGCAGGAGAGUGUGUAAAAGGUGGCAGAAAUGUCAGUGCAGAGAACUCCAAACCGCAACAAACACUAUCUGCAGGGCAACACACCGCUGCAGUAGCACCAGUGUCCUUCCCUCUGUCCUCCUUGUCCCUGCAGCCGGCCGAUCAGAGGAUGAGGGCAGCCUACCUCAGGUAUUCAUGUCGUCUGUCCUUGGACCCUGAUACAGCCCACCCCACUCUGGUUCUCCUGGAGGGGCCCCAAGGUGCCCACUGUGGCGAGGAGCCCCAGUCCUACCCCUCUCACCACCAGCGCUUUGACUCGGUGGCCCAGGUUCUGUGCAGGGAGGGCCAGUUCGGGGGAGCCAGCUACUGGGAGGUGGAGUGGCGGGGUGGGGGAUGGGUCGACAUCGGCGUCACCUACCGUGGUAUUGGACGCAAAGGUGGCGGGAAACCCUGCCUGCUGGGGCGCAACGAGAACUCCUGGCGCCUGAGGUGCACGCACGCCGGAUACGCUGCCUGGCACGACAACCGUAAGACCACGGUGGCUGCGCCGCCCUGCCCGAGGAUCGGCGUGUUCCUGGAGCGCCAGAAAGGAGCGCUGUCCUUCUACAGCGUGUCGGACACUGUGGUGCUCCUGCACACAUUCCGUUGCCCGUUCUCUCAGCCGCUAUACCCGGCCUUCCGCCUGGACCUGGACUCCACCCUGCUCAUCUGCCCUUAUGAUGGAGGCAAUGGUAACCAAACCUAACCUAACCGUGUCCCCCUUCUUCACCCAGGACCUUAGGGUUAGGGUUAACCCUUAACUCCUGCAGGAAAGGGCUGAUCACUCUGCUUAUGACUAUUAACACUAAAAAUAUGACUUGAGGUUGCUUGUGAAGAAGCAUCACAGUCAUUGAAGACUUUUCUUUUAUUACAUGUUUUCUUCCAUUUUUUUUGUGAGUGUGUCUGAAAACAGAUUUUCAAAAAAUUCCAUUUGUUUGUAGAGAAACCUCUUUAAAUCGCUGUACAGUGCACACAUUAAAUGCUCAUAAUAUGCAUUUUUCACAGCACACAUUAUGACCUGUUUGGUAGGAAAAGCACAGGAGUUACUAAUAACAUUAAUAGUCGUGUUUCCACUGAGUAUUUUCUUAUUACUUUUUGGAAAGCGGCUGAGUGUUUUGGCUACGUCCACAAGUUAGUUCCCAUCGACCUCUACCCAUACAGGUACUUUUGUAGCAGCUAACCAACACGGCAAGCAGUGUUGACAACUUAGCAUCUUUGUUGCUAUAUAUAGCGACUAUUCAGACCCCUCUAGCGACUCUUUUUCAAAGCGACUAGCGACAAAUCUAGCGACUUUUUCUGGUGUUAUUGGAGACUGUUGGAGACUCCUUCCUACUCUUCUUAAUGAGUAGCAGGCACCGUCCCAAAGCACUCACAAGCGGCCCAGUCCUCCCGCAGCAGUCUCUCCCAGCUGCAGUCAGAGCAGGAGCUGUUAACCCCUCAGUGUCCAGUCUGCAAAUGAGUCGCCGCCUCAACCGUAUCCAAUCAGCAUCGACUAGUUAGUAUCAGCUCAGUAGUGACUAAGAAAAGUAGCUUCCCAAGGCAGGUACAUUCUGAGCCGCUACCUGAGCUGCUCUCCCAACCCACACCCUGAGCAGCUAACUAGAGGGAAAAGUACCUAAUGGAAACACACCUAAUAAUGACAUUAAUCAGUGCUUGUGCACAUACAUUUAGUUAUCUAGGGUAAAGUACCCAGCAACCCACAAGCUAUGAAAUCACUUCCUUUGUGAUGUGAGUAUCUGACUGAGUAUCUCUGGCCACGCUUGAGAAAUACCAUUCCAAAGAAGGAGUUUUUUGGCCGUUAAAGCACGUAAACAUUGUAGAAACCCAAAUUAAAAUUAUGAACCUGAAAAUAAUCCCUUCAAGUGUCCCAGUAAACCGUGACAGUGCGACAGUGAGCCAGGAAGCAGAAUAUUUAGGAUGCUGCAACUGAAACUGUUUUCUUUUAUUAUUUACACUUGUGUUUUUCCGUCUGUGAUAUUUCAAAAUGUGUACUGUGAAAAUGCCUAUUUAACAAAGGUGAGCAAAGAAAUGCUGUGAUGAAUAGAAACAUCAAAAACAUCUUGUUUUUAUGGUUUGAAAUUUAAAAAACAACAACUUUUUUUUAAAUUUGCCAAUUUAAAAGAAAAGUAUGUGGGGAAAUAUUUUUUUAGUCUGAUUCAACAACACAAAGAAACUAAAAAGUAUUCCUUAUUUGUGUCUGGUUUGCUUUGUACUUUGUUGUAAAUAUGUUUUAUGGGAUUUUUUUUGUGUCAGUGUUUGGUCAAGGAUUUUUAUUUUAUUUCACUCUCUACAAUGUAAAUUUGAAUAUUUAGUAAUUACGACUACUUAAAUAUAUACACAGCAGUAGAUUUUUUUCUCACUGCCAUAUGACAUGGGGAAACCUCACUUUUACUCAUUUUUCAUGAUGGAAAUGUUACCUGCAAAAGAGACCUAAUUAAAGGCCAUAUUGUAGCAUUUUUUUUCUUUAGGACAUGAUUGUCAUGUUUUUUUAGGCUGCUUGGGGUCAUUUUCUUUCAUUUAGGGAUAAAUCAGAAUGCCAUCAAUUAUAGUUGUAGUUUGAUAUCUGGGAGAUAUGUUUACUCUCUUUCUCGCCCCGAGCUUUAAUGAGGUAGAAAGAUGAUCCCACCAUGCUGUCUGCACCAAAGGUAACAAAAUUCCCCUUCCUCAGCACCUCUGUGUGUACCCAUACCUCUCUGUGAACCCAUAGACUCUAUAAGAAGUGGAAGUAGCCACCCUGAUGUCAUCCAUUAGUUUGGGGACUAGCAUUUUGAAGCUUUGGGAUUGGCAUUUUGGUCGUCAUCUUAGUGUUAUGGAGCCAAAGGUGACCAUAAUUUGCAGAUCUGACAAGUUCAUGGCUGUUUAAAUAUAGACAGUGCCAUUAAAAUGCAUUGCUACACCACAAAAUAGCUUCAUCCUAAAAAAAAUAAAAUCCUAAAAAAAAAAAAAAAUGAAGAUCAUGCUGUAUUGAAAAAACCUGAAAGCAGCUAUCGAGAUCAUUAUCUCGUUAGGACAAUUUUUACUGAGCUAAUAAAUCAAGUUCCCAUAGACUUUUAUAUAAUCUGACUUCUUUUUGCAACCAGGGUAGUCGCCCUGCUGGCCAUAAGUAAGUAUGCAGGUUUAUGGCACUUUUCAGACCCGAAGGCUACAUCUACUUCUGUUAUACAGUCUUUGUAUAUAGCAUUCAAACACAAGAGAGAAAGAGCUUCUCAUCUAACUGGCAAGAAAGCAAAGCAUGAUUCCCAAAAUGUCAAACUGUUCUUUUAACUCUACAUUCACAUCGCAGGUCUUCAUUCUCAAUUUCAAAUUUCUGUGUAGGAUUGAUUUUUUUCCCAAGGACCAUCAUAUCUGUGUCAGUAUAUACCUAAUAUUAAGGUGAUGUUUUAAAAGGCACAUGUACACACAAGCCUCCACUGCCUGGCUGUGAUGUCGUGACCAAUAGUUAAUGACUGAAAAUGCAAUGCUGGUAAAUUAUGUUUUGCGUGGAGUAAUAUCAGAUGUGUACCUUGCAUGCCUCCAGAUCCAAUCCUAUCAUCAUAUACAAUCAGAUAUAACUCCAGUCUUAUUAUUACAUCAUAUCUAGAAAAAAUGACUUAUUGCAACUUAAAAUAUGGGUGUUGGAUACAUUUGAAACAUAUCAGAACAAGAACUUGACCACUUUAACUAAGCCUGCGACUGUUUCCGCCUUGAUUGUAGCAUUACAAGAGACAAGGAUCUUCUUGUGAUGCUAAUUGUAACACAAUUUCCAAUUGUGAAAGUAACCUUGCCUUCCAUCUGAAUGGAUGCCAUACUGUAGCCACAGUUUUUCUUGGACUAUGGGCUUGUUUUUCUCCGUCUCAUUUAAGUUUUGUUUUUGGAACGGUGCUCUUCCAGAGGAAUGUGAUCACUUGACCCUGCACUGUGUGAGGCCAUUCCAAAGAGACAACGUACAUAGAAUCUAAUUAUAAACCUUGUUUGUCAAACAGUUCUGAGUAGAUCCUUGUUUCUGUCUGAAAGUAAAUUUAACAUUUUACAGAGUCCAUACAACAUAAGAAACAAGGAUCUAGUCAGAGCUUCAAUAAAACAAUAACAGCAAAUAUCUUACACAUAUCAGAAAACCUAACAGGUAUUACAUCUAUGCUACACAACACCUUGGACAAGCAUUUCUGGAAAAUGAUAUUUCUGAAUUUGCCAACCUGACCUUAUCAGUCAGGUCAAUCCAAAGUACGAACACAUUUUUUUUGCCAUGAAGUGCAUUAUUUCAUCUGUACUACUGUAUCAUGAACUCUGUAAAGUUUUCUCUUGUAGCCUUUUCUCCACCUGUUAACUCACAGGGCUUUGGUUUCUUAAGUGAGUGUAAAAUAUGUUGUAAUUGUCAGAGUGUUGUUUUUUCCAAGAAGAGUUCAAUUCACCUUGGCUCGCAAUAAAAUGACCCAUGGAGGUCUAAAUUGG